GUACAAAAAUAUUAUCUGUUUUAACUUUUUUUUUUAAAUGGUAUGCUUCGUAAUAAUAUCUCGUAAAAAGUUUUACCUUUUAUUUGAUAAUUAAUUGUUCUAGCAGAGUACACGCCCCAGAAAAAAACAAGUAGAUUGUCAAGUAGUUAACUGAUGCUGGAUUACUGUUCUCGUCAUCAACUUUUGCCACGCACUACUCCUGUUUCAGAGAAAAAUGAUGAGAGCUGCGUGUUUCGUUUUGCUAUGUGCCCUAAUCUAUACAUCAUCUCAAGCAGGAUCAAUCACCAAAACACCACUACCAAACCCUGAUUUUAAGAUCGACUCUGCUAAUCAUCAGAACGAAGGAACUUGUUCGUUCACUGUAAGGCUUGUAACAAGCUGUUCUUCCGUUUCGUAUACCAGAGAUGAAAUCAGUAUCUCCUUCGGCGAUGCCUACGGCAAUCAGGUUUACGCACCCAGACUGGAUGAUCCAUCGACGAGGACGUUUGAGCGGUGUUCGGCCGAUACGUUCGAGGUAUACGGUCCGUGUACGAAUCAGAUAUGUUACGUGUACUUGUACAGAAGCGGAUACGACGGGUGGUUGCCGGAGAGGGUAGAGGUGUACGGUUACAAUACGAAGGCGGUUUCUUUUGAUUAUAACGAUUGGAUUCCGGCGGAGAUGUGGUAUGGAUUCGAUUACUGUUCGCCCUAUGCAGCUGAUGAUGUUGGUGUUCGUUCGUCAAAAGCAGCAAUGAAGUGAUGAAUCAGGGGGAGUUGGAGGUGUAGAUUUUGAUCUUUUGCUUUCCACUUUGUGUUUUUUGAUGAAUAAAACGAGGCGACUUGUAGAACCACUUGUUAUAGAUGAAUGGAUAAUGGCAUCUGUUCAUUGAUUUUCCUUCCGUUUUUGCUUUUGAUUCAUAUUCGUAUUUCUAUCAUGUUUCAUCGAUUACUUGCAAUUUGCAAAUGCAAUGUCAG